AUUGAAUGAAUGCAUUAUAGAUGUUGUGAGCAGUGAUUGAAGUGUUGUAUCGUUUGGAGGACUCAGUGAACAAAUAUGGCGUCAAACCAGUCAACACAUCCCGACGAAGAACAGUCUCUUCGCGAGUGCGAGGCUUACGUGCAAAGACACAACAUUCAGCAGAUCCUCAAAGAGUGUAUCGUUCAGCUCUGUGUCGGCCGACCCGACAAUCCCAUCGCUUUCCUCAGACAGUACUUCCAGACACUCGAAAAAGAAGAAGCAGUGAAAGCGAAACAAAAGGCUCCGAUGUCUCCCGACAACGAACGGGACGACGAAUUAUCUCCCGUUCCGAUGAACACUCAACGCACCCGAAGGGGUGGAGUGUCCGCCGAAACCUAUAGCGAAGACGAUGUGAAAAAUUACGUUAAAAAGGUUGUGCCCAAAGACGACAAAGCGAAGGCCUCUCUUGAGAAAGCGAUGUCCAAAAAUGUGUUGUUUAAACAUUUGGACGAUAAUCAAAGAAGUGAUAUAUUCGAUGCAAUGUUCGCUGUGGUGCAUAAGGCGGGGGAAGUGAUCAUCAAACAGGGCGAUGAGGGCGACAACUUCUAUGUGAUCGAUGAGGGAGAGGUUGAUAUAUUUGUCAACAAUACUUACGUAUCAACAAUAGGCGAGGGUUUAAGCUUUGGUGAACUGGCGCUCAUAUACGGCACUCCUCGGGCCGCUACUGUCAAAGCAAAAAAUAGUGUCAAACUAUGGGCUAUUGAUAGAGACACCUAUCGAAGGAUUCUUAUGGGAAGUAUUAUUAGGAAAAGAAAAUUAUACGAAGAAUUUUUAUCCAAAGUUUCAAUUCUCGGUAAUUUUGAUAGUCUCGAUAUUUAUGAGAGAUUAACAGUAGCCGACGCACUGACACCCGUGCAGUUCGCAGACGGCGAUAUAAUCGUGAAACAGGACGAACCGGGAGACGACUUCUACGUGAUAGAAGAGGGAACUGCUAUAGUAUUGCAACGGAGAUCGGCGGACGAGCCGCAGGUGGAAGUGGGCCGACUCGGCAAAUCUGAUUACUUCGGCGAAAUAGCGCUGCUGUUAGACCGGCCGCGAGCGGCCACAGUAGUGGCGAAGGGUGCGCUGAAGUGUGUGAAAUUGGACCGUGGUCGAUUCGAGCGACUGUUAGGCCCGUGCGCUGACAUCUUGAAGCGCAAUCUGGAGCACUACAACUCCUUAAUUUCACUCUCCGUUUAAUGUGUUUAGUGUCGAAAUGUUCGCACAAAAUAAUUACAUAAACUUUUAGGUCUUUGUUAUAAAACAAUUGACAACUUUUAACCGCCUUUUCUUUUUAAUCGGAUUCAGAAUUAAGAUAACAUUUGAAUUCUAAACCAUUUGUUUAUAAAAGAUAAGAAAUUAAUGGUUUUUACAUAAACUUCAUUUCGUCAGAAUUGCAAACAUUAAGAAACGGCAGAAAAAUAAAUUAGAUUUGGAUUUCUAGUCAUAGAAGAUGUCUAACAGUAGAUUAGUUUUAAUUGAAAAAACAUACAAUUAUUAUUAGGUUUUCUUAUUGCUCAUCAAUUGGUUUCUCUUUUAAUUCUUUAAUUCAAUUUUGCAAAAGUCUUUCCAAACAAUUUCAAGACUAAUGUCUUAUACAGUAUAUAACAGACAUAAUAAUAAUUAUUAUUAUUUAAUAAUAAUAUUAAUAACGACAAUAAUUAUUAAGAAAUUAUUUUAAAUCUAAUUUAUUCAAAAAAUGUCUUAUUUUUAUUUUCAAC